ACUAUAUAUAAGAUUCCCUUUAUACUCUUUAUCUUUGCUUGCUUCAUUUGUUUUCUCUCUAGCUGUUACUCAUCUCCUUUGUUAGGUCACUCGCUUCUCUUUUUUCCUUCUUACAGUACAAUUUUCUUCCUUUUUCUAACUCCUGUGUACUCUUUGGCUGGGCUUUGGUUUGGGGGAGAGGGUGGAUAUGCAAGCUCAAGAGGAAUUUGUGGGGUCUAAUGACCAAGCCUUGAUCAUCAAAGGCAAGCGUACAAAGCGCCAAAGGUCAGCGUCCCCGUUCGGCGUCACGGUGACCUCUAGCUCUUCAAGUGCUUGUGGUGGUGGCAAUAGCGGUGGUGGUGCUGCUGCGGGUGGAGGAGGAGGAGGAGUGGUGGAGGAAUACAACUCAAUUUCCUCUCCGACGACGUCUAGCGAGAUUUAUGAGAGCACUGAGGAAGAAGAGGACAUGGCUAAUUGCCUAAUCAUGUUAGCACAAAGUGAUGGCCCGAAAAGGGAUGUGGGAGAGAAAUUCAAGAUUGAAAAGUUUGGAACUCGAAAGUUCUCUGAGAUAGCUACUACGACAAACAAGGCUGGAUUUUAUGUCUACGAGUGUAAAACCUGUAACCGAUCUUUCCCUUCAUUCCAAGCGCUAGGAGGGCACAGGGCAAGCCACAAGAAGCCCAAGGGCACGGCAGAAGAGAAAAAACCACUCGUUUUGGCAGUGAAAGGUGAUGUUGAAGAAGGGCAAUUCAACAGGGAAAGUCCUGUUCUUGCUUUACAAGUAAGCAACAACAACAAGGCUUGUCAUGGGAACAAGGGUAAGAUUCACGAGUGUUCAAUCUGUGGCUCUGAAUUCACCUCUGGUCAAGCCCUCGGAGGUCACAUGAGACGGCACAGGGCUGCCGCGGCUGCGGCGGCAGCAGCAGCUGCUGCUGCUGCAAGCAAUCCAGUUGGCAUGACCAUGAGUGCUGAUACUACUAGCACUACGAUCGACUCCAGCAAUGGUGAUGACAUCAAGCCUAGAAAUAUUCUAUCUUUAGAUCUUAAUCUUCCAGCACCGGAAGAUGAUCUCAGGGAUUCCAAGUUCCAAUUUGCAGUACCCCAACAAGCUAUUGUUUUCUCCACACCAGCUUUGGUAGAUUGCCAUUACUAAACCCAAAAAAAAAAAAAAAAAAACUUAUGGAUCGAUCAAUGUGAAUUAUUAGUAUUGUUUCAAUUUGAUAUUAUUUACAGUUAUCAAUUAUUAUUCUUUGAA